UUUUACAAAAAAUAUUAAUAUCCAUAUUCCUAAAGAUGGCUGAUGCCUUUGUGUCAUUUGCAGUUCAAAAAUUGGGUGAUUUCCUAAUACAACAAGUUUCACUGAGAACAAAUCUGAGAGAUGAAGUUAGAUGGCUGAGAAAUGAGCUACUCUUCAUACAGUCUUUCCUCAGAGAUGCAGAACAAAAGCAAUGCGGAGAUCAAAGAGUUCAACAAUGGGUGUUUGAAAUCAAUUCUGUUGCGAAUGAUGCUGUCGCUAUACUCGAGACAUACAGUUUCGAGGCUGGUAAAGGUGCUAGUCGUCUCAAGGCUUGUGCUUGCAUAUGUAGGAAGGAGAAGAAAUUCUACAAUGUCGCAGAGGAGAUUCAAUCACUCAAGCAGAGAAUCAUAGAUAUCUCUCGCAGGCGAGAGACAUAUGGUAUUACAAAUAUCAAUAAUAAUGCUGGAGAAGGGCCAAGCAAUCAGGUUAGAACAUUGAGGAGAACUACCUCAUAUGUAGAUGAGGAUCACAUUUUUGUUGGCUUUCAGGAUGUUGUACAAACAUUGCUAGCUCAACUUCUCAAAGCAGAGCCUCCUAGAAGCGUCGUCUCCAUUUAUGGCAUGGGCGGAUUAGGCAAGACCACUCUUGCAAGAAAUCUCUACAGAAGUCCCAAUAUAAUCUCUAGCUUCCCUACACGCACUUGGAUAUGUGUUUCUCAAGAGUACAACAAAAUGGAUCUUCUUAAGACUAUCAUAAAAUCCAUCCAAGGUCGCACCAAGGAAACUCUAGAUUUGUUGGAAAGGAUGACAGAAAGAGAUCUAGAAAUUUACCAUCAUGAUCUAUUGAAAGAACGCAAAUACCUUGUGGUGGUUGAUGAUGUAUGGCAGAGAGAAGCAUGGGAGAGUUUGAAAAGAGCAUUCCCGGAUAGCAAGAAUGGCAGCAGAGUUAUUAUUACCAUGCGGAAAGUGGAUGUCGCUGAAAGAGCAGACGACAGAGGUUUUGUCCAUAAACUUCGUUUCCUAAGCCCAGAAGAAAGUUGGGAUCUCUUUUGUAGGAAACUUCUUGAUGUUGGAGCAAUGGUUCCAGAAAUGGAAAGUCUAGCUAAGGAUAUGGUGGAGAAGUGUAGAGGCUUAGCUCUUGCAAUUGUUGUAUUGAGUGGACUACUUUCGCAUAAAAGGGGGCUAGACGAAUGGCAAAAGGUGAAAGAUCACCUUUGGAAGAACAUUAUUGAAGAUAAAUCUAUUGAAAUCUCCAACAUACUAUCAUUAAGCUACAAUGAUUUGUCAACUGCGCUCAAGCAGUGUUUUUUAUACUUUGGUACUUUUCCAGAAGAUAAAGCGCUCGAGGCUGAAAACAUAAUAUGGUUGUGGAUGGCGGAGGGUUUCAUACCAAGAGGAGAAGAAAGAAUGGAGGAUGUCGCUGAAGGCUUCUUGAAUGAGCUGAUAAGACGAAGCUUGGUUCAAGUAGCUAAAACAUUUUGGGAAAAAGUUACUGAAUGUAGGGUUCAUGAUUUACUUCGUGAUCUUGCCAUACAAAAGGCAUUGGAGGUAAACUUCUUUGACAUUUAUGAUACAAGAUACCACUCCAUAUCCUCCUCAUGUAUCAGACAUGCCAUUCAUAGUCAAGGAGAAAGGUACCUCUCACUUGAUCUUUCUAACUUGAAAUUGAGGUCAAUUAUGUUCUUUGAUCACGAUUUUUCUAACACGAGUCUUAUAAAGUUCAGUAGUGUGUUCCGACAUUUAUAUGUGUUGUACUUGGAUAUUGAAGUUGGUAUUACACCUGAUGCCAUAGGAAGUUUGUACCACCUUAAGUUCUUACACUUGAGAGGUGUCAAUUAUAUCCCCCCUUCCAUUGGCAACCUCAAGAAUUUACAGACACUUCAUGCCAAGAGUAACUUUUUCUCAUGCCACCUACCUCCCGAAACAGCUGACCUAAUAAAUCUAAGACAUUUAGUUGCUCCAUAUUCAGAACCUUUGAAACGUAUAAGCAAACUCACAAGUCUUCAAGUUCUUAAAGACAUUUAUUGUGAUCAGUGGAAAGAUGUUGACCCUGUUGAUUUAGUCAAUCUUCGAGAAUUAAGCAUGAUUAAUAUUAGCAACUUUUACUCCCUAAACAACAUUAGCAGCUUGAAAAACCUUAGCACUCUCAGAUUGUCGUGUCCUGGUGAUGGACCAUUCCCAUCUCUUGAAUUUGUUAAUUGUUGUGAAAAGCUCCAGAAAUUGUUCUUAUAUGGGAGAAUAGAGAAACUGCCUGAUCUGUUUUCAAAUUCCAUCACAAUGAUGGUUCUUGAGUACUCAGAACUGAUAGAAGAUCCGAUGCCUAAUUUGGGAAUGUUGCCAAACCUAAGGGAUCUCCAAUUGAGAGGAGCUUAUAAAGGAAAGGAUAUAACCUGCAAUGAUAACAGCUUCAGUCAACUAGAGUUCCUUCGUCUUGUUAGUCUUGGGAGGCUAGAAAGAUGGCAUUUAGGCACAAGUGCGAUGCCUCUGAUUAAAGGUCUUUAUAUCUGUGAUUGUCUACACCUGAAGGAGAUUCCAGAGAGAAUGAAAGACAUGGUGAAGUUUUCCAAAAGCCUAUAUGUGGUCUAUAAUAGGAAAGGUAAAUAUACUAACAAAUCUCAAUCCUACAUAUCUUUGUUCAUUUUUCUUUUAUAUAAAUAAUAUUUGUGUUAAACAGGAGAUGAAGCUGUCACUUGAAGACAUUCACCUGCAUCAAGUUGGUUUGUCAAAGCAUCAAUCAAGUUGGAUUAUUUCAACAAUUCAGCUUCUUCUUUUUUUUGUUUUGGUUUUCGAAUGUUUCAUUUUUUCUGUUUUUGGCUUGUUUUAGUGUGUGGAAUUUGGUUCAAACAGAUUUUUUUUUUUGGGGAUUCUAUGCUAAAAUG